AAAGACUAAUAUAUUUUCGUUUCUUUUUAAGUGAACUGAAAAAUUCUGAAAAAUGUUUGAGGUCAUUGGCUGAUGAUUGUGUUCCUUCAAGAUAUUUAUCUAUUUUGGAAAGGCAAUUUAAGGAAUUAAAUGCCCGGGUGAACCUAAUUUGUACUUUAAAAGAUGAGGAAGAUGACGAUGGUGAUGAGGACGAUAAUGAUGAGGAUGAUAGUGAAGCUUGCAUGGAAAACCACAAAGAAUAUAUAUAUGACUGUUUAAAAGAAAACCAAAUGAGGGCAUUUACACGCUUUUUUGGUCAACCGAAUUUAAAUCCCAAUGAUAUGAAAUGCACAUUGUACAACUGGAUAUCUGAAUGCGUUACAGAGCGCGUAGAAGAAAAAUGUGGAAUAAAAGCAGGACGCAAAAUGCGAAAGGAGCUGAACGAACCAACUGAAGAAAUAAAAAAUGCUUGUGAUGCUGUAAACAUGAAAUAUCAAUAUUGAAUAAUUUACGAAGAUACGAAGAAGAAAAUAUAUAUAUGUAUAUAGAUAUAGAUAUUUAUCUGUGUAUUUCAUAACUAAGUUUCUAUUCAACUUCAGUAGGAGCUAUUUAUAUUUUUCAAUUUUAUUUUUUAUAGACAUUCGAAUAAUUUAUUCAAAUUUUUAUUGUAAUUUUGGUAACUGUUGAACUGUGAUGUCGUUAAAAUUUAUUGCGAAGUUGAAUCCCGUUAUCGCACUUCUCAAAGCCUGAUAUUGUUUUCAGUUUGGACUAAUGUAUGGUUCAAUUUUAUCAUAUAGUGGUUCAAAGUACCAAUAUUACGGUACCAAAGUACCAAUAUUACGGUACGGUUCAACCUGGAACCAAUUUUUUUAGCCUCAUGUUUCAACUUUUUCGAACAAUAUCUUAAUUAGCAUAACAUUAAGUGCACAAGGAGAAAAAAAAUGGUAAAAUUACCGUACUGUGCAGUAAUAAUAUUUCUAGUAAAAAAAAUAAUUCUGAUAUAGAAAGUGAUACAUAAUAAUAUGCAUUAGUUCCGUAUGGUUAGAGUAAUAACAUUUCUGGAAAAAGCAAAAUGUAUUACCUUACAUUUAAUAAAAAAUUCCAAAUUAAAAGGUAAUUUUCACCAAAUAAAUGGCUUUUAUACCAUGUUAAAAAGCAUGAUAAACUACGUAAUAUAAAACCAUGCGUUAUUGUUAAUUUUAUUAAAAUUGUUACCAAAUCGCUUCGGUUAAAAUUACUGAGCUUUUUGGUAUUCCCAUAGAGAACAGUAAACUUUAUCAUAUUCUGGUUAUUUUGACCAUAUUUUUUUCUCAGAAUUGUUAGUUUGCUCUUACAUUUUUACGGAUUACCACGUAUUGGCUUGGUCGUAGUUAGUAAAUUUAGUUUUAGAGAUUCUCAUGCUUAUCACCUUACGAGGGGAAAUGAAAAUGCUCUUGUAUUUUUAUAGUAGCACAAUUUCAAAAAUAAUACAUAUUCAAAUCUUAACAAAUAAAGAAAUAGCAAUCUCUUGGUAUUUUUAA